GCGAACUAUAUGAAUAAUAAUCUGUAAAUUGCAUAUUGUAUCUUCAUUGUAUGUUGCAUAUCACAUCAUAUCUCCACAGUCAUCCGGCCGGAAACAAACAGAAAGAUAUAAGCAAAGUAGGACACAUCCUCCCGCAAGAUUGUAUAAGCCGGAAACAAUCCAACCCGGCAGCAAUAGAUACCCAUACUCAUACUCAAAUUUCCGCCGACCAAGUUCCCAAGAUAAGAAACCGACAUAUCCAUUUUCCGAGAUGUGUAAAAAAGAGAAAAAUGAAAAGAAAAAUAUCCCCAGGCUUCAGAGAAUCCUGAACGGGUAGACGAUCAUCGUGAUCGUUUCAUAUCCAUAGCCCCUUCUCGUGUAUAUAAGAUGGUUCUCAGCA